AAAACCCUAGCCGUCAUUGCGUUGUAUGGUGGUAAGUUAUACAGAGAUGCACGAAAACCGAACGAAUUCCUCCCUGACCUCCAACUAGAUUAGUCAAGCUUCACAGUUCACAUCUGCGUCCGAACACACGCCGCGAAAGGCCUUAUGUAUCAAAGUUAAAAAAGUUCUCCUAGAAAACCAUGCAGGUAAUUCUCCACCGUUUAGACAUGUCCAUCCUUGAACUGAAAGACUCAAUCAGAGACCAACGAGACAUUUCGGUCGGCAAAAUCGGCUUGACCCGCGCCGGGAAGCAGCUGAAAGACCCUCACAAUGCAACAGUGUAAGUUGGGAACUGUAUGCAUCGUAAACUUUGUGAGAAGGUUGCUAGGUAUACGCAAAUUUGGCAUCGUUGUGAAUCUGAAUUGGAGACGCUAGGAGGACUAUUGAAGCACCAGAGGAGAAUGUCGGGCCCAAGUCUGCCCUACAAACCGUUAGAAUUGCGGGAAGGAAAAAUUCUGGUGAGUGAUUUGCAAUGGCACAGCGAGAGCUUGAAGUGACGGUAAUCUCGGCACAGGGUUUGAAGAAUGUUAGACUUUACGGACGUUUGAUGAACCCUUAUGCUGUAGCUUGGGUUUAUCCGUCCCAUAAGGUGCAGACAGUGGUUGAUGAAGGCGGCGGCAUCAAUCCAUCCUGGAACAGCGUUUUGAGAUUUUCUUGUGAGGACACAGUGAUUUGGAGUAGUGGCGGGGAGAUUACGAUAGUAAUUCGCAACCGCGGAUCGAUCUCCAACAAGCUUAUAGGGACAGUGACAGUUCCACUGUCGGAUCUAAGCUUACAGUGCAGAGCGGCGGACUCGAAUGCUUCUCCAGAGUCGACACUCAUGUCGUAUCAGGUUAAAACGAGGUUGGGAAAGCCUCGCGGUGUCUUGAAUCUCGCUGUGAAGGUGGGAACAGUUCUGAAGACAACAGAGCGCACAGCUUCGGUUGCACCACAUAUGCCUUACCCUCCAAAGGCAACAUAUCCAGUGUAUCCCGCCAACUCCACGGGACAUAACGAAGCUGCUGCUGCUGCUGCAAAGCUGAGUGCAUAUUUCAAAGACAACCAGCACCUCUACCCUCCGCAACAACCAUAUCCUCCUCAACAGGCUUCCCCUCUGCAUCAAAUGUAUCCUCCACAGCAACCCUAUCUCUCCCAGCAAAAAUCCUCUCCGCAGAACAAUUAUCCUCCACGACAGACAUAUCCUCCGCAGCAAGUAUUCUAAUAUGCACAACAGCAGGCAUCGGAAACGGAGCCACCAAAAUCAAACAGACAAGCAAGAGAGCAAGAAUGAGACCAGGAGCCAGAUCGGUGGAAGGAAACCUCCAUGAUAGGUUUGCUACCACCGGACUGUCACCUUUCUACUGACAAUUCUUUUGCAAAAUGUAUGUACGAUUGUGUAAAGCAUUUCGCAAUCUCUUGAUUCUUAUCAAAUUGCGUGAUAAGAAUGACCUGGGCAUUUCCAGACGCAUGUAAUAGGAAUUUUGUUCAUGUACAGUACAUGAUCCACAUGUAACCUUAAACACUAAACUCACACUAGCAGUUGUAGAAUUGCACUUCUGAUGACACUGUAUAGGAAUCUUUUGAGGUUUGAUAGGCUACGAGCCCCAUGGAAGUGAGGUUGGUUUGUGGGCUCUGAUCAUCACAUUUGUUAGGAGUUUUAGGGUUUUUGAACAUUUUUAACACUUGCAACACCUCCAGUUGUGAUCGAUCGUAGGUCUGGUGGGCAAUUGGGUAUUCCAAGAUUGAAUUGGUAGGAUUAGCAUCUUGAAAUCAAAGGUGUUUGAAAGAAUAAAGAUUUUUAUGGUUUGAUUUUA